UAGAAAAUGUCAUUUCCAUUUUUCCGUUAAUCUUAUCAGAUUGAAAUUGAUUAUGUUGGUAACAGUGGGUAAUUUCCUACAGCGCGUUUCUAAAUUAUCUUUUAUGAAACUGUAUUUUUUAUGCUGUGUAUCUAUUAAAUUUUAUUUUGAAUUUAUCCUAUUAUUUGAAACAUCAAACGGAAGAAUGGGAAGAAAAAUAAUAACGUAUAAUCAACAUUUCCGUUAAUAUGUAAUAUAUUGUGGUAAUAUGUAAUAUAUUGUGGUUUUGUGUUUUAUGUCAUAUAAAAGUUUAUUUUCUUUUAAAAUCAAAAUUAGUGAUAAAAGAAAGGAAUUUAUUAUCAAUGCUGUUAAUUCGUAAUAAUUUCUAUGAAUAUUCAUUCGUCAUUUGAAUGAUUUUUCAUAAAUUGUAACCAACAGAAGAGUUCAAGACAAAAGCAAGGUUAUUGUCAUGGAUAAAAGAGAAGUUAUCUGUAUCUCAUCUGACGAUGAAAAUGAAAAGAUAAACGAUAAAGAAAAACCUCAACCCUGCAGCAAUAAAGUUACUAAGCUUAAUGUUUCAAAUGAAAUUACAGCAAUUGCAUGUAGUAAUGCAGGACAAUAUAUAAUUAAUAAAAAACGUAAAAUAUCAGAAAUAGAUGGGACUAGUGAUGUAAAGAAUAAUGGUAAAGAUAAAAGAAUUAAGAUAGAAUCAUGUCAAGAGACAAAUAGUCUAAUAACAAAAGAUAGUUGUAAAGAAAAUGGUGUCGUAACGGAAAAAUAUUCAACUGUACCUGUAAAUAAGAAAAAUUUAAAGCCACAGUUGAUCGUAAAGGAGAAAAAAAAUAUAUCCCUUCCAGAACAAGAUAUAUUUCCUAGUUUUUUAAGUUUGUGUUUACAAAAAAGACGAGAACCCGCAAUGGAAGUAAUAGUUAAUAAACUUAAAAGACGGUAUGAACAAAUGAGUCCUGUAUAUGUAAAAUCUGAAGCUUUUCAAAAUUUUUUGAACAAAAAGCGUAAUGACAUUUUGUCUUCCGAUAAUAUGAUAUAUCAACAUAUUAUGGAUGUCAAGAUUGAGAUGAAAUCUAAAUCUAAUAAAAAUUCAAAAAGUGCUUUACAAAAUGAAACGAAUAAAACAAAAGUUUGUAAAGAUGUAUCAUUGAAUUCUCAAGCAUCUUCAUCUUCAAGUGUUGUGAAUAAUAUAAAAGAAACAGAUGAAGAAGAUUUUGAAGAUGAUACCAUGAAUUCUAAUAUGAAAAGAAAAUUGAAGAAAAUAGAAAAAGCAAUGAAUAUUUGUAGUAAAAGAAUCAAAAUAUUAGAAGAGCGUGAAGUAAACUUUGAUGAUGAAGAUGACAGUAACUACAUUAAGCUUGAAAAAUAUAAAGAAAGAAUGGUCCAAUUAUAUAAUGAAUAUUGUCGCAUAACUGGUGAUAAUCAAGAUGCAGGUCGUCCAUACUUGAGACCCAAACAUUUAAAUACAACUCAAAUUAGUAGCGUUGAUUAUGCAAUUACCAAUUUCAUUAAUUCAAAGAUCACUAAAAGAAACAAAUUAAAGAAGAAUGGCAGAUUUACGGAUGAUUUAAUAUUUCCAGAUUACAGAGAUAUAUUGAAAUGUGUUUCAAGUUGUAAUGAAAGAAAUAAUUUAGGAUUAUCUAAACAGAAGCAAGCUCAAAUUGCCAAAAAAGCUUUUACCGAUUUGGGAGAACAUUUACAACGUGCUAGGCGUAUUGAUUACUGGGAUACAUUUUCUUUAUCUUUGGAAAAUAAAGAAGAAGAUCCAGCUUUGAAAGAUCAAGAACUUGCUAAAAAAUUACGUGAUAAUCAUGUGAUUGGUCAGCAAAAGCUAAGUAAAAUAUUUCAAGAUUUUGUGAAAAAACAAGAAGAAAUGAUAUUACCAGAAGAUGAUGCUAAUACGGAAAAUGAUGAUAACGAAGACAGCAAUGUAGAAUCUAAGGAUGAAGAUGAAAAUAGUGAAGAGGACGAUGAAGAUGAAGAUGAAGAUGAAGAUAAAAAUAAAGAUGAAAAUAAAGGUGAAGAUGACAAUGACAAUGAAGAUAACAUUAUUAAUAGUGAACCAAAUAAAAAUGAAACAACAAGUAAUUCUCUGGAAAAUGGAACUAAAUUGGAGAAUGAUUUAUCAAAGACUUGUACAGAUAAAGAUAACGAAGAUGUACUGAUAACAAAUGUAAAAAAAGUAGUUGAGUGUUCUGAAAAUGUGAUUGAAAAAUCUAGUUCAUCGACAAAAUCAGAAAUAUCAGUAAUUCAACCACCAUCAACAUUAAAUAACAAUGACACAAAAGAUAAAAAUGAUGAAAUUGUACCACUGGAUAAUGAUGACUGCAAUAAAACAAAGGCAGAUAACAAACCUAUAUUACGGGUACGUUCAUUUGCAAAACAUCCUACAACCUGGGAAGAUAACAAGCAAAAAGUUCAAAAUGAAGAAAACGGACCAUCGAAAGAGGUAAUUGAUCUAACUAAUGAUGUAACUGGGUCAAAAGUAAGUUUACCUAAUUAUAAAUUAAAAGUGACAACAAAUGCUUCGAAAAAAAAAUACAAAACUUUUUUACUACCCACAAAUUUUCAAGACAAAAAUAUUAUUAGCGUUAAAAAUAUUACUAAUAAUUAUUUAAAAUUAAAUGCAAAACAAAUAGAUAAAGCAAAGUUUAAACCCAUAACUUUAUUUAAAAAAGUAGUUGAUUUAGGUUCCCAUAAUACUAUUAUACAUUUGCCACAUUCUUCUGAUCGACAAAAUAUAAGUAGUAAAGAGAAUAAUAACGAGACAAGACAAGAAAAAAAGAUUAUGCAUCUUCUUAUACCAGCGGAAGAAUUUGAUAAGAAUUUAGUAGGAGUGCCUGUUAAAAAGAAUUCAGAAAAUAAUUCAAAAUGACUGCAAACGAGACAAAUAUACCUUGAUUACUCUGACGAUAUGUAUGAUCUAACAAUACUUAUAAUUAUUAGUACAUAUGCUUUAGUGUUGAAUAUUUUAUAUAUGUAUUUAAAUAUUAAAACC